AUGCCGGUCCCGCACCUCCGCCGUUCUUCCUUAGCCAGUAAAUCAUCGGUGGAUGAAUCUGCAGUUAGCGGCGAUGAAGAGAUCGUCGAGGCCGACCAGGGAAAUGUCCUGUCACACAUCAUUUCCCAGCUCCGACCGGGCGCCGACUUGAGUCGGGUCGUGCUGCCCACAUUCAUUUUAGAGCCCCGGUCGAUGCUAGAGCGGAUCACCAACUUCAUGGCCCACCCCGAUACCCUCCUCCCCAUGAGCACUAUUGACGAUCCAGUCGAGCGAUUUGUCUCUGUGGUCAAGUUUUACUUGAGUGGAUGGCACAUUAAGCCUCCAGGAGUGAAGAAGCCGUUGAACCCCAUUCUUGGCGAAACCUUUACUUGCUACUGGGACUAUCCUGAUGGCACACGUGGAUACUAUAUUGCCGAGCAGACCUCGCACCACCCGCCUAAGUCGAGCUACUUCUUUAUGGCGCCCGAGCACCAUAUUCGGAUCGACGGGACUCUCAAGCCGCGCAGUAAAUUCCUCGGCAACUCCGCAGCUAGCCUGAUGGAAGGUAUUGCGACGUUGCGACUGUUGAAUCGCGGCGAGAACAAGGAGAAGGGCGAAAAAUAUAUCUUGACGCAACCGAAUAUGUAUGCUCGUGGUAUCCUUUUCGGUAAGAUGAAGUAUGAGCUUGGAGAUCACAGUUACGUGCGAUGCCCUGAAACCGGCUUGGUGGCCGAUAUUGAGUUCAAGACGAAGGGGUAUUUCUCGGGUACUUAUAAUGCUAUUGGAGGAACCAUCAAGAACGAAAAGACUGGCGAUGUGUUAUAUGAGCUGUCUGGCAUGUGGAAUGGCGAAAUGGUGAUCAAGGAUGUCCAUAGCCACAAGAAGGAUGUUUUGUUUGACGCAGGCCACGCAAAGCACUCGAAACCCAUUGCUCGUCCAAUCGAAGAACAGGGCGAGCGCGAAUCACAACGUUUAUGGCAUGACACCGUGAAGGCCAUCAUCGCCCGGAAUCACGAAGCCGCCACAGACGAGAAGACCAAGAUCGAAGACCGUCAACGUGAAGAAGCUGCCAAGCGCGCCGAUGAGGGCGUUGAUUGGAAACCUCGCCUGUUUCGUGCUGUCCAGGGUGGUCCCGGUGGCCCGGAAGAGGGAGACGAGGACCUUGAUUGGAUCAUUAACGCCGAGGUCGACUCCCACGACCCAGAACUUGCCAAGAAACAAAUCCUAGCCAUCGCGCCUAUCGUCCAAGGUCAGAAACAGUCAUCUCAAUAUCAGAUUCCACCAUACGGGUCCGAAGCCGAACCAACCAGACCUGAGGUCGUAGAACGGAAAGAUACUACAACAUCUGAGGUGGAGAAGUUCGUAGAUGCAGAGGAGAACCAAUGA